CGCCCUCGGCGCCGUCUGUGUGGGUGGGGCGUCGCUGUCCGAGUGCCGGUGGUGUAGCGUGGGGAGUCAUGGCUGGUCGCCGAGCUCUGCACUUCGUUUUCAAAGUGGGAAACCGCUUCCAGACGACGCAUUUCUUUCGAGAUGUCCUGGGGAUGAAGGUUCUGCGGCAUGAGGAAUUUGAAGAAGGCUGCAAAGCUGCCUGUAAUGGGCCUUAUGAUGGGAAAUGGAGUAAAACAAUGGUGGGAUUUGGGCCUGAGGAUGAUCAUUUUGUUGCAGAGCUGACUUACAAUUAUGGCAUUGGAGACUACAAGCUGGGCAAUGACUUCAUGGGAAUCACACUUGCUUCUAGCCAGGCUGUCAGCAAUGCCAGGAAGCUGGAGUGGCCACUCAGUGAAGUUGCAGAAGGAGUUUUUGAAAUUGAGGCCCCAGGAGGAUAUAAAUUCUAUUUGCAGAAUCGCAGUCUACUUCAGUCAGUUUUUGGCAGACACAACAUCUUUGUAUGUGGUGCUGAGGAUCGAACCCGGGCCGCACGCAUGACAGAUCCUGUAUUGAAAGUAACUCUUGCAGUGUCUGAUCUUCAGAAGUCCUUGCACUACUGGUCUAAUCUACUGGGAAUGAAAAUUUAUGAACAAGAUGAAGAGAAACAAAGGGCUUUGCUGGGCUAUGCUGAUAACCAGUGUAAGUUGGAGCUGCAGGGCAUCAAGGGUGCAGUUGACCAUGCAGCAGCUUUUGGAAGAAUUGCCUUUUCUUGUCCCCAUAAAGAGUUGCCAGACUUAGAAGACUUAAUGAAAAAGGAGAACCAGACGAUACUGACUCCCUUGGUGAGUCUGGAUACCCCAGGGAAGGCCACAGUACAAGUAGUGAUUCUGGCUGACCCUGAUGGACAUGAAAUUUGCUUUGUUGGGGAUGAAGCAUUUCGAGAACUUUCUAAAAUGGAUCCAGAGGGAAGCAAAUUAUUGGAUGAUGCAAUGGCGGCAGAUAAAAGUGAUGAGUGGUUUGCUGAAAGAAACAAACCAAAGGCUUCAGGUUAAUGGAAGACAUCAUGUGAAACAAGCAUUUAUGAUUCUUGCGUGGCACCUGUGAAGCCUAAUAUGUCCCUUUUUGAUAAAUGUUCUUACUACUUGGUUGUGUCCUGCUCAGGCAAGGAGACCUGGGUAGUGAAGAUUUGUAUAUUUCAAUCUUUGAAAGCUCUGAUAUGUUUAGAAAUGAAAUCCAAUUAUCAUUAAUCCAGGUAGAGGGGAACUCACUGUAAUCUGCACUUGGACUGUAAUGGUACAUUGGGUAAUAGAUCAGUAACAAAUUAUUUUCUAGACUGGGACAACUCUAUGGGGCAUUAGUCUUGGUUGGGAAUGGAGGGAAUUUUGAUGAAUCAUGUAGAUUUUAAAGGAGUUACUGUUCAAAUAAAUUCAAACCAAUUGCUUAUAGUAGUCAGAAUUCCAGCAUCUGAUGAUAAUAUGCUGUUCUAAUCUUCUACUCUAGCAGAUCUUAACAUAUACAUUUUUUUAAAGAAAUUCUGUUCCUUGGACAAAGAUUUGGUUAAACCCCAUUUUACUUGCUUUACAUUUUGAGAAGCUAGAGAAAACAGAUGGGAAGGAUUUAAUGUGUUGUGUUUCUACACACCCAGCUCUGUGCUAGUUUCUUUUUUUUUUUCAUUCCUUUGCUUUGUUUGCAGUACUGGGAUGGAACCCAGGGGUGCUGUAUCACUAAGAUAUAUCCCCAACCCUUUUAAGAAAGUUUUUAUUUUGAGACAGGGUUCACUCAGUUUCCCAGGCUGGCCUUAAACUUCCUAUUCUCCUGCCUCAGCCUCCCAAGUAGUUGGGAUUAUAGAAGUGUGCCCCUGUGCCCCUCUGGGCUAGUUUCUUUAUGUACAAAUGGAUUAAAUGGUUUCUGCAGCCUGAAAAAAAA